GCCAGCUGAUCAUUCUGGGUGAAGCAUCGGUGGCGUGCACGUCGAUCUGCGCUCUCAGCUGCCUUCACCGGGACCAAGCUUGCUCUCUCUCAUUCUUUACGCUCUUUAUCACUGAUUCCCUCUGAACUAGCCAGUCUGUGACACUAACCGGGAAAUACGUCAAGUCAUCGCCGCUGGGAAAGAGGAUAGCUGUCCCUCUCAGCUAAGAGCAACCAGUGUUUGUGAGCACACGCAGUCACCUCGCCAGUCUCCACACUCCGUCCCGCAAAGAUGAGGGAAUGCAUCAGCGUGCACAUCGGUCAGGCCGGGAUCCAGAUGGGCAAUGCCUGCUGGGAGCUGUACUGCCUGGAACACGGUAUCCAGCCCGACGGACACUUAGCUGAGGACGCCCCUACUGAAGAGAACAUGUACACCACCUUCUUCCAAGAGACUGGGCGAGGAAAGUACGUGCCAAGGGCCAUCUACGUGGAUCUGGAGCCUACGGUGGUCGAUGUCGUCCGGUCUGGGCCUUACCGCCAGCUGUUCCACCCCGAGCAGCUGAUCAACGGCAAGGAGGACGCUGCCAACAACUACGCCCGCGGACACUACACCAUCGGCAAGGAGCAAGUGGACCUCGUGCUGGACAAGAUGCGUAAGAUGGCCGACGCCUGCUCCGGUCUUCAGGGCUUCCUCGUCUUCCACUCCUUCGGCGGCGGCACUGGUUCAGGCUUCACCUCCCUGCUGAUGGAGCGCCUCUCUGUGGACUACGGCAAGAAGAGCAAGCUGCAGUUCACGGUGUAUCCCGCCCCACAGAUCUGCACCGCCGUGGUGGAGCCCUACAACUCUAUCCUCACCACCCACACCACGCUCGAACACUCCGACUGUGCCUUCAUGGUGGACAACGAAGCCAUCUACGACAUCUGCCGCAGGAACCUUGGCAUCGAGAGACCUUCCUACGAGAACCUGAACCGCAUGAUUGGCCAGAUUGUGUCCUCCAUCACCGCCUCCCUUAGGUUUGACGGGGCACUCAACGUGGACCUGACGGAGUUCCAGACCAACUUGGUGCCCUACCCCAGGAUACACUUCCCUCUGGUCACCUACGCCCCUGUCCUCAGCGUGGAGAAGGCUUACCACGAGCAGCUGUCAGUCGCGGAGAUCACCAAUGCUUGCUUCGAACCCAACAACCAGAUGGUGAAGUGUGACCCGCGGCGAGGGAAGUAUAUGGCGUGCUGUCUGCUUUACCGCGGCGACGUGGUGCCCAAGGACGUGAACUCAGCCAUCGCAGCCAUCAAAACCAAGCGCUCCAUUCAGUUCGUGGACUGGUGCCCGACUGGCUUCAAGGUGGGCAUCAACUACCAGGCCCCGACAGUCAUCCCGAAUGGAGACAUGGCGCCUACUCAGCGGGCCGUCUGUAUGAUCUCCAACACCACCGCCAUCGUGGAGGCCUGGGCGAGGCUCAACCAUAAGUUCGACCUUAUGUACUCCAAGAGAGCCUUCGUCCACUGGUACGUCGGGGAGGGCAUGGAGGAGGGUGAGUUCGCCGAGGCUCGCGAAGACCUGGCAGCUCUGGAACACGACUACGAGGAGGUGGCUCUCGACUCCAACCAGGAGGAAGAGGACACCGAGUACUAGGAAUCUUCAGAGCUAUAACGAAGAUAGAAGUGAAUACAAGACAACCACGAAGAUAACACCAGAAAAAAACAAAGAAAAUAUAAUAAAAAAAAGAAGAAUUAACAUAUGAAAAUAAAGAUAAAAGAAGUAAAUACAGGAAGACAACCACGGAAAUAAUGACACCAGAAAAAAAACAAGAGAAAUGAAUAAAAAAAAAAAGAAAAUCAACAUGUUAAAAUAAGACGUUAAUUUGGUUGAGUUUUGUGAGUGAAGUCUGCAUGUGGCGUGAAGCAUAAUAAGCGUUAGUUGUUUAGGAAUGUAAGGAGAAGAAAAGCAGACAGUAUCUAAGUCUUGUCAUCCCUCUUGAGUCGAGCAAAGGACGUGAACUUGACGAUUUACUAUUGUUACCUUCUUCUGGAUUGUUUUAUGCCAAUGACUGAGUUUCAUCAUACUUAAAAAACAAAUCUGAACCCUUUUGAUAUUAAGUCGCAUUUUUCACCUUGAGAUUUGUGUACUAUUACACGAUUUUACAUCAAGAAAGGUCAAUGGAGAUCAAAAGAUUAAUGGCCAGAGUCUUCACUAUUCUAAUCCCCACACAUGAGUUUCUGAAGCUGCAUAAAAUCACCAGAUAGUGACCAGAACGAAUAUGAAAAGGCGGCAUGAUACUGAAAGGGUUAAAGGUGAUAAUCGUCACAAAUAUUAGUCUUUCAAAUGGAAAUAUACUCAAAUGAAGUUAUUAGCGUAAAUGUUGCAUGGUUGACUAUUUAUAUGUUCAUCUAUUCCUUGUGAUAGACUAGGAUUUUGUGGUAUUUAGGUUUGAUAUUUUCUGACAACGUGAAGGAAUUGUAACACUGAUCUGAAUGAAACAGUGACCACAAUUGUGAAGUUAUUAGGGUAUGUGUUGCAUGGUUGACUAUGUAUACUUAUGUAUGUUCAUCUUCUAUUUUUUGUGACAGACCCGGUUUUGUGGUCAUUGGGUUUGAUAUUCCACGACAACGUGGUGGAAUUGUAACACUGAUCUGAAUGAAACAGUGACAACAUUAGGAAUAACAAUUGUGAAGUUAUUAGGUUAAAUGAUGCAUAGUUGACUACUUACAUGUUCACUUUAUAUUCUUUGUUUGAUAUUCUACGACAACGUGGUGGAAUUGCAACACUGAUCUGAAUGAAACACAGUGACAACAACAGGAAUAACAAUUGUGAACGCGUGGCACUAACAUGCCCGUGCAUGGUUAUUCUUUAGCCUCUUCCAUUCAGUAGUUCUUGAAUCAUGCACUUUGCUCGGCUCUGGAAAGGAGGCACAUUUCUUCAAAGAGGACGUAUGGCAACGAGUCAUUCCAUCAUAGGAGAAGGAAACAGGGUAACACUACAUUACUAACUUGUUCAUAGAUUUAGCCAAAGAAAUUAUCAUGUAAUAUCCCAGAAAUACCAAAGAUAUUUUCCUGUAUGGAGACUCAUGAGGAGUGAGUAAUGAAUGUUGAGCAUAUCCAAAGACUAGAGGAAUUAACACACUGACUGCGUAUUGGCACCUUAGUUCUGUUGACGAGUUCCAGAAUGAGUGAUGUGUGUGGCUGGGACUGGCGGGCUGCAAGUGUUCUUAGUGUUCACAGCGGUUUGAGGACCAUUGACUAGAUAUAGGGAAUGCUGUGCUGAGGCUUACUGAGUGUUGAGCUAGUGGAUACAGGAAGCAGGGCGUUGUGUGCCUUUGUUUACCUCCUCUGGCCGAUAUUAAUGUUAUCAAGGCAGGACGCGGAGCUGCGGCUUCACUUGCCACGCGAAACGAAGCUUUGUUUUUGAGAAUCCUUGGCCACACCUCAGCCUCGACGGUGAUGUUGUUACUGUAAGUAUUAGUGCUUCAUUCAGUCUUUCAGGAACACACACACACACACACACACACACACACACACACACACACACACACACACACAGCUAAGUAUGUGAGAGUUAGGGAGACACUUACAGCCUGCCAGAAUCAGUGCACUGGUUUGAUUGGUGGAGUGAACCGAAACCAGCGAUUUAUAUUGUUAGCCUUCUUUUUUUUUCUUUACGAUAAUCACAUGCUUCCUAACACUCCUAACUGCAGAUAAUCAAUAAUCUUCCUUGACCAGUUAGAUGCGUCACCUGUACAUGAAUAGCGUGAGAGCAUUACAUGAGUACUUCACGGUGGCAAGGGGACGAGCGUGGCCCGUUUCGAAGUCGACUGUCUGCUCCGUCUGCCUUGAACCUGUGAGCGUGUUGAAUGGAUUGGCCACACGUGCAGCACAGCGGUGUGAAUGAUAGUCACAGUUUUACUGAUUUAAGCUUUAUUUGUCCGCCGAAAUGGUGUUAGCUUGCAAGUGGGAAGAAUUCUCCAAUAAUGUUCCUUGUUGCUGCACAAAAUUCAGUGUCUUAUAGAAUAAUUAUCCAAGUUGACAUAGGUUAAGGUCUGAAGCGUUGCUGACAUUUUUAUCAAAGAAGAAAGUUUUCUAUUUCACUUUUGUAUAUUUAUUCAAUAAAGACUGAACCACAGAAACAAUAUGGAA